AUGGCGCAAGUCUCACCCGCGGAUCUCAAAUCGCUGCCCAAUCUGCCAGGGUAUACUUUCCCAGAGUACAAGGAGAACUACGGCAGACCCAAUUCCUGGAAUGUCGUCAAUGGCGUGCGGAUUGAGCAGAAGGAGGGCUUCUCACAUGACAAGCCAAAGUUUGUCAAGGUGAGCAAGGUCCAAGACGUGUGGCGAAGCGGUUCCCUCCCCGACAGCCAGACGCGCGCCGUCUUUAAGAAUGCUGGUAAAGACAUCCAAUUCCAAGAGCUCCCUGCCUGGGACGCCUUUGACCGCCACGUCUUGCGCUUCAGCGGCUACUUCAAGGAGUCCGUCGUUGAAACCAACCUCGAGAACUUCCGUGUACGGAAGGUGGUGAUCUACUACUACUUGGAGGACGACACCUGCCAGAUUCAGGAGCCCAAGCAAGACAACAGCGGAAUGCCCCAAGGUCAGUUGAUUCGCCGUCAUCGCUUUCCCUCGCUGGAGGGGGGCUACCUGAAGGCAGAGGACAUCCGCGUGGGCUCCGCGCUGCAAAUCUACGGCCGGAGCAUUUUCGUGACGGACUGCGAUCCCUUCACGAGGGAGUACUUCGAGCAGGCCGGUGUGCCACAAGGCCCGCCGGAGCCGGAAGAGACCGAUCCCUUCCAAGAGACGCGCGACGCGAUGAAGAACCAUGCUCCGGUUCAACCACGAACCUAUGAGAAGAUCUACCGAGAGGUCAUGCUGGGUGGUGGCCACAUCAACGCCGACAUGCAACAGUUCUUGGAGAACGACAAGAAGGUGUUGCGCUUCUAUGCGGUGCUGGAUGAUGUGACCACGCCACAGUUCGAACGUCGGCCAUUCACCAUCAUGUUCUUCCUGGCGGAUGACACCAUCGAAAUCCGGGAGCAGUACCCGCUGAACUGCGGCAGGGACAACUUCCCGAUCUUCUUCCGACGGGGAAAGAUGCCGAUGGGCGCCUACAAGGUCGAGGGACCUCAGGCGCAAGCGCGAAAGAAGAACGAGUUCGUGCAUGGCCACGACUUCCGUGUGAACAUGACAGUGCAGCUGUUGGGCACCAACCACUUCUUCCUCUACGACGCGGAUGAGUUCACACGGAAGUAUUUCAUCAACGAGCUGGGCGAAGAGCUGCAGCCACGUGUGGACGUGCGCUUGCCGGAGCGUGCCGUGCCCAGGGCGAAGACCCCGCCCUACACGGGCUACGGCUCCUGGGACGACUCGAUGGGAUCGGUGACGCAUUUGAUCCCCAAGCUGCCCAAGAAGGACUUCGUGAAGCUCUUCCGACAUGAGGGCAAGGUUCUCCGGUUCAAGGCGAAGUUUGCGAACCCCAAGCCGGAGGAUGCUGACCGGAUCUUCGUUAUGAGCUACUACCUGCAGGAUGAUACUUUCGCCAUCCACGAGCCACCGCAGAGGAAUUUGGGCAUCGUCACGGGUCGCUUCUUGGAGAAAGGCACCCACAUGAACCAGGUCACGGGAGAGCUCUUCCAGCCCAACGAUCUCAUUCCAGGCAAUAUUGUCAAAGUCUACAACAAUGAGUUCCUGAUUGUGGACAUGGAUGAAUACUCAAAGAAGGUCUUCGAAAACCCGGAUGCCUUGCUGCGAAAGUUCGACUUGGAAGCCGUCCUUCAGAAGUUGAGGGACUCGAUGCGUCAGCAAUACCCACUGGUGCGCGACAUCUUCAGGCGCUUCGAUGGUGACCAUGAUGGAGUCCUCACUGUAGCAGAGUUCCAGCAAGCUUUGGAGAAGUUCGGCUUCCAGCUGGCGCCCGAGGACGUCUUGAAGAUCAUGCGGCACUUCGACACGCGCAAGGACGGCCAGGUGAGUUACAACGAGUUCUGCGAUGCCUUGUUGGAUCCCGAUUGGACCACGGUGAUGUUGCACACCAACCAUCCUCUAGAUGACUCUCAUGACCACGCCUACGCGGAGCGCGCGAUGGUCAAGACAGCGGAGCGUGCUGAGACCACUCAGGUGCGCAAGGCGGUUCGAGAGUUGGGCGAUGUGCUCUACAAGAAGCACAACUUCAUCAUCAGAGUCUUGAAGGAAAUGCAACACAUCACCCAUGAGGAUCAUGUCUCGGCUGAGCAGAUCAAAGAUGCUUUGGAACAAGUAGGUCAUUCUUUCCACAUCGAGGACGUGCAGCGUGCCAUCCUCUAUCUCGAGCCUGAAGCGGAUCUUAGUGCUGUGGACUAUCGGAAGCUCUUCCGUGAUGUGGACGGCGCUCCGGGAUGGGUUCAGUGCGUCGCCGACGAUGGUAACGAAUUCUUCUACAACAAGGACACGUGUGUGGCGCGGUUGAUGAUGGUCUCUGAGGAGGAACGGGCCAAGCAGAGCCGAUAUCAAUUGGACCACCAAGCACUUCUCUUUGGGUCCCGUUUCGGUCGCAGCAAUUGCGUGAACCCCAAGGGCCAGGCAGCUGCAGCUUUGUAUGCUGCGGCAGAGCAGGAUGCACUGGAGGAACACAAUGAGGAGAUGACGGAAGAGUUGGCCAAGAAAGUGAGUGAACUCAAGGAGGUCAGCCUCAGCAUUGGAGAGGAGACCAAGGACUCGAAUCAUCAAUUGGAGGAGAUGGAUACGCAUUUCACCCGCGCGCGCCAGCUGCUUUCAAGCGCAAGCUCGCGCUUGCAGAAGGUUGCAAAGAACCCCAACACUCGUCACAUGUGUGCGAUGGUCCUGUUUUCUCUCUUCUUGUUGCUGCUGAUCUACUUCUUCUGCUUGGCUGCGGCCCGCUCAAAGGGAGGCCCUUCCAUAUUUCUUGCUCCAAAUCGGCCUAGUGUGAGUGGCAGUGACACUCGGCUAUAA